CCAGGAUCGACAUCAAGCUGUGCUGGUGGACAAACCGACCGACCAAACCAAGGGCAUGAAAAACAAGAUAGAGGCAAAUAAUGACAAGGUUGAAGAGGGUGAUACAAUGAAACAGGGCUUCAAGCCUAAAUCAAUUAAUGAUAUUAAAGUAGGUAUGAAGGUAUUGUUUGAAUUUCGGGGCAAGAAAUAUCGAGGAACAGUCAGGUACGUCGGACCUGUCUCUACACUUGGAAAUCAGCUCGGCGUAGAGUUAGAUCCGGGUGAAGACUUACCGCGGUAUUGCCUUAAACACAACGGAACAUAUGACGGAAAAAGAUACUUUAGCUGUCCACCUGAUAGAGGCAUCUUCAUCGGGUUUUCCAACGUUAUUGAGUGUUACAGAUGACGAAAACAGUAAUGUGGCUCCUGAUUCUUUGCUUCCAAUGUGAAAGUAGAAGAAAAUUCAGAACAUUCUCUGUCUACCAUCUUGAGAUGUUCGUCCACUGCUCGAAGGAGAUUUCGUCGACCAAUCACAGCAACUACUCCUUGGUCUACCGUCUGUUUGUGAAUUCAAUAGAAGUUAACAGGCCUGUCUUAAGGCUCGAAGAAUUUCAAAGAUUUUACGAACGUAUGAUAUUAAAGUAGAAACCAAAGAUUCUUAAUUUCCAGACGUUUCUUCAAGAAAGCAUUGUGUAAACUUUCACCGUAGUCAAUAAGCUUUUAAUCAUUAUUCACAGCUCUUUUGUUAUUUGUUUUUUGUCUUUCAAGUGUCAUUUACGGAGAAUAGGUAGAUACUAUGUAAAUUAAUUGCAACUUUAUAAAGCCAGGACCGCCACAAACUGAGGAAACUGGAGGAAAAUUUUAAUCAUCGGCCUCAACACAUGCCUCAGUAGACGAGCAUCACUUUGCAUCACUUUCAGCAGCAUUUCAUGCUUGUACUGACAUCACAAGACAUAAUUUAGGUAAUACCGUAUUUCCUCGAAUAGGCGUCCGGGCAGCGUAUCUAAAAUUACGGCAAAAGGAGAGGCACUUUUAUACGAAGGAUGGUGGUUAAUCUAGGGCGUGCUUAUUAAGUUUUCCUUUCAACGAACUGUUUCCUUAUUUUGGCUAUAUCUUAAAUAGAAAAAACAAAGCUGCAACAUCCACGCAGACGUCAAGUCAGUAUGGCGAUAGCAAUAACUAGAAGCGAAACUAUUCUCCUGUACUGAUUCGGUUGUGGUUGGUCCUUAAAAAGUUACAAAUAAAGCUGCAAUAGAAACCGAUUUUCCUUGUUUCCCUACUCAUUAAGAAAGCGAGGGAAGAGGCUGUGCUUAUUCGAGGUGGGCGCUUUUUUGAUAUCAUGGCAUCGGGGGCUCGGCGCUUACUCGGGGGAA